CUCCCCGCUAUUCUCAAUUCUUCUUCUUUGACCCUUUACACACUCUUCUCUUUCUGUCUCUCUCUCUCUGUCUUCGUCUUCAUCUCUUUGCGCUUUUCUCGGGUUCUCUGCUUCGUCUCUUACCGCUUCCCAUUGUUUUCUCCUUUCCAUCUGCGUCUGUGAUUUGCAUCGGCGAAGGGCAGUGCGGAGCUUCCCAUGGACUGCGACUUCUCCACUUCCUCUGCCGCGGGGAAACUGCUCAGUUUCGGAGCUUCGUCCUCCGUCGCGGCAGCUGACGACGAGGUCUUCGAGGACUCAUGCAGCAUCUGCCUCGAGCCCUUUACGGCUCAGGACCCCUCCACUAUUACUACCUGCAAGCAUGAGUAUCACCUCCAAUGCAUUCUUGAAUGGUCACAGAGAAGCAAAGAAUGCCCAAUUUGCUGGCAACUUCUCACACUGAAGGACCCUAACAGCCAAGAUCUCCUGGAUGCUGUUGAGAGGGAGAGAAGCAUCAGGUCAAGAAUCUCAACAACAUCUCCAACUCUUACUGGUUCGAGAGAGAGACUUAUUGGACACGAUGUUUCCUCGGACCCAGAGUUCGAUGAGUCCUUCAUGCGUCGUUUAGCUGCUCUGGUAAGCAGGGAUCGUGAUGUUCAGCAAAGGGAGAGUGAAAGGUCCACUAGUUUCGACCAAUCAGGAACCCCAAUUUUUAGAUCUCGGGUGAAUUUUCCUCGGAUGUCAUGUCCUUCUGAAACCACUGGAGCGGACAACCAUGAUAUACAUGUUCAAUCCUCUGAUGGCGAUUUUACGGGUUCUAACAUGCCAUUUUCCGUUACCAUGCACCCUCCAUCCCAUGAUGCCUCUGCUUCUGUAAACAGUACUCGAGUUGCAGAGAAACCCUCCUCUCCUGAAAACAGCUCUUUCUCGGACUCUUUAAAACUGAAAUUAUCUUCUGCUUCAGCGAGAUACAAGGAAUCGAUAUCAAAGAGCACUAGAAGCCUAAAAGACAGGAUACUAGCUCGUAAUUCGGUCAAGGAGCUGAGCAAGGGGGUUCAGCGUGAGAUGAGUGCUGGGGUUGCUCGAUUGAUCGAGCGCCUUGACUUGAAUUCAAAACAAUCUGGAACCUCCGUAUCUGUUCCCAGCAGGUGUGAUACAACAAUGAAGUCCCCUAUGAAAGGAGAAGGCGUACAGGAAGACAUAACAUUGCAGUAUGCUAGCUCAAAUGCAGACGUAUAUGAUAUGGGUUCUAUCCCAGGUCGACUUGAAGUUGUCCCAUCCCAGAGAGGACAGUGAUGCUGCCAUAUCUGGUAAGGUAUAGCCCAAAGAUUUGUGAGUAUCUCUAUUACAGCAGAGGACAUCAAUGCAAGUGACGAGACUAAGAAGAUAACGACUUCGCUGUCGGAUCUGCGUCCUGCAUCAAAUGUCUAGAGCUUAUUUUCUCUUGAGUCUGCUGGGUCUGUACCCCUCAAUAUAACUUCUGAUGUAUCAGAGGAACUUUCUAGGACUUGCUGCCUCUUCAAAGUUGCUAUCUUACAAACUUAUUCAGGUUUCAUACUCUACAUGAGUUGACUGCAACUUCUUCAUUUUUAGUUCUUUGUUUUUAUAUAUGGAGUGUUAAAGAGCUGUCAAGGUGCAUACAUAUGGUAUAUAUAUGAAAAAGAUGUGAUAAUGACAAA